CCAACGAUAAAGACCGAGCCCAGCGACGACUACGAGCUGGCUGCGACCGGUGGGCCUGGGAGCCAGGGGGCAAGCCCGCUCCUGAGGCCAUACCACACCCAGCAACUUGCCAUGCCUGACCCCGGCUCCUGCCUCGGGGCGGCCUUCCCACCCUGUCCGCAGAGAGGCACCGCGAUGCCGGCGGCCCCCAGUGCGCGGCCGAAGCUACACGACCUCUCUUCCGCCGUCUACGCCAAGGGCACCGCCAGCCCAGAUCACGGUCACCUCGGGCUGGUGCAGCCGCCCGGAGAGGGCCCCAGUGCUCAGGAUGUGCCGAGGCCGCCAGUUGCACCCACGGGCUUGCCCGAGCAGCGCCCCCAAGGCCUGCUGCAGCCACAGUCCUGCAGCCCGACUCACCCCUCGCCCACGGGCCACCAGCAGCUCCGCCUGCCGAAGGUUCAGAGAGCCGCGUCGCCGAGCACCCGGCCACCGUCACUGCCAGAGGCGUGUGAGGACGGUGGCCCUGGGCUGGCCCCCGGCCCCGUAACGGUCAAGCGUGAGCCCGAAGAGCUGGACCAGUCGUACCUGGACGAUG